CCGUCGACCCCGCGUCAGGCCCGUUUCCUUCCCCUACCUCGGGCCGCCGGAGGGGCCGAACUGGGGCCCCAAGCAGCGGAGUGCCGGGCUCUAGGAUAUCGUCCUCCUCCUCCCCGCAGUCCUCCGAGGAGAGCGAGUGGCCAGAGCGAUACUAAUUUCUCCGAGGGCGAGCUGAGGUUGGCUGUGAGGAAGCACAGACCGGAAAUCGUGGUUGUCAUAGCUACAGAGGUGUCCAGCCUCUUCCCCGCCCCCACAAGCAGUUGAUUUGGGAGAGGACCCGACCGGAAAUCGUUGUUUCCAUGGUAACCUCUGAGCGGGUUGCCUGGGACAUGACCCCGUUUUGGUCUCUCAGUCUCUACUGUAGCGUCAUUCCUAACGCAGAUCUAGCCGACUCUGGACUGUCUCCUGCCAUGAUUCCCGGGAAGUACCGCUCCGUUUCUGGCCGCGCAGCGAACAACGUGAACUGUGGGCUUCAUCUGGUUGUUCAAACCUCAUCUCUUCCUGAAAAAAACAAAGUUGAAUUCAGGCUAAGUAAAGAAACACCAUCAUUCCCUGGUCGACUCUUACAACAUGACCUUGAAAGAAACUACUCAAGUAGGCAAGGAGAUGGAAGAGUAAUAAGCCCUUCACCUCGUAAUAAAUCAUCAUGCAUCUCAUCCACAACAAACGUGACAGAACUGUGUGGGCUGGACAUGAAAACUACCAUGAGCUCCUUAUCAGCAUUUGGAGAUUCUUCCAUUCAGAUACCUUCCAAGUCCAGAAUCCGGCAGGGCUGUCAUAGUGCUGGCCCAAAUGUAUCUGGUGAUCAUAUUAAUUUGGUGAGUUCAUCAAUGCCAUCAUUUCCCAUCCUUCAACGUUCUUCUGAAGAGAAAAUUCUUUACUCAGACAGGCUGACCCUAGAAAGGCAAAAGCUGACUGUAUGUCCUGUUAUCGAUGGGGAAGAACACCUUCGUUUAUUGAACUUCCAACACAAUUUUAUAACUCGAAUCCAAAAUAUUUCUAAUCUACGGAGGCUAAUAUUCUUGGAUUUAUAUGAUAACCAUAUAGAAGAAAUUAGUGGGCUUUCUACUCUGAGAUCCCUCCGUGUCCUUCUGUUGGGGAAAAACAGAAUCAAGAAAAUCUCAAAUCUGGAGAAUCUAAAAAGUUUGGAUGUCUUGGACCUUCAUGGAAAUCAGAUUGCCAAAAUUGAAAAUGUCAAUCAUUUGUGUGAUUUGAGAGUUUUAAACCUUGCCAGGAACCUUUUAAGUCAUGUUGAUAAUCUUAAUGGGCUGGAUUCACUAACGGAACUUAACCUACGACACAAUCAAAUCACUUUUGUGAGAGAUGUGGAUAAUUUGCCCUGCCUCCAACGUCUGUUUCUCAGCUUCAACAAUAUAUCUAAUUUUGAGAGUGUUUGCUGCCUUGCUGACUCUACUUCUCUCUCAGACAUCACUUUUGAUGGCAAUCCCAUAGCUCAAGAGUCAUGGUACAAACACACGAUCCUUCAGAAUAUGAUGCAGCUGCGCCAGCUGGAUAUGAAGAGAGUCACGGAAGAAGAAAGGCGUAUGGCAUCUGUUGUAGCCAAAAAAGAGGAAGAAAAGAAGCGGGAAAGUCACAAACAAUCCUUGCUUAAGGAGAAGAAAAGGUUAACAAUUAACAACGUAGCACGACAGUGGGACUUGCAACAUCGAGUAACCAAUAUUGCUACAAAUCAAGAUAGAAAAGAUUCUGACUCUCCUUCUCAGGACCCCUGUCAGAUUGAUGGAAGUACCACCUCUUCAUUUCCAGAGGAAACAGGGUCUGUGGACACAGUACUCACCAAUGCUUUGCAAGGUUUAUCUGUCAUAGACACACACCUUGUUGAAGUGGAUGGGGACACGCUUUCCCUGUAUGGCUCAGGAGCACUGGAGUCUCUAGAUCGGAAUUGGAGCAUUCAAACAGCAGGAAUGGUGACAACAGUGUCCUUCACUUUCAUAGAAUUUGAUGAAAUUGUCCAAGUGCUUCCCAAAUUGAAGAUGAAGUUCCCUAACUCUCUGCACCUUAAAUUCAAGGAAACAAAUCUUGUAAUGCUGCAACAAUUUAAUGCAUUAGCACAACUCCAUCGCAUUGACCAGUUGACAAUUGAUCCUCAAGGAAAUCCAGUUGUCAAUUUUACACUCUGGAAAUACUAUGUACUGUUUAGGCUGAGCCAUUUUAAUAUGCAGAAAAUAAAUGGGACAGAGGUGACACAGAACGAUAUGAUCAUGGCUGAAAGGCUCUUUGGCAUCCUAGCUCAUGUAGCGUCUUCUGAGUUACCCCAGUACCGUGUGAUUUCAAUUCUGGGUGAUGUCAGGAAGAAGCAAUUCCGGUAUCUGCAAGAAACCAAGGGGAAAAAACCUGGUAUUGUCAAUGAAGAAAAUAAUGAUAGCAAAAGAUUUGUAGGAGAAAACACAAAUCGUGCUAUGCUGAAUUAUACCACAAGAGACUUUUAUAAUGAAAAGCUAGAGGAAACAAAGGAAAAAAAGAAAUUCUGCAAGAUUUAUAUAGAGGACCUUGUGAAGGAAGCCACGGAAAUCAACAUGAAGAAAGAGGCUUUGCAGAAGCUCUGGCCACAGAUGUUCAUCGAGCUUGUUAGGGACGCAGUCAUAGAAACUCGCAACAAAAAUUCCUAUAUGAAGCUUUGCCUACAGCAGAUAACUGACCAAAAAGAGAAAUGACUUAUAGUUGAUUUUAGCAGUUUUAUGUUCUUGAAGGUUGAAAACAUGUAGUUCAAACAAGUUAAGGCAACACCAACACUGUCCUACAAACUGGGACGCAUCGUCAUUAAUGCCUGCUCUCGUAGUUCAAGGUUAGGAAGGGAAGGAGUUGAGAGCAGGCAGGCCUGGUUUCCCAUGAUGACCAGACAACCUUAGGGAACUCAGCAGUAUUUAGAGCCAGCUUGGGCCUGGGGAUAGCACUGCACCUUUGUUCUUGCUUUGGCGCCCCGCUGUAGCCAAAAGCACAGUUUGCUCAGGGUUCAGCAUGAGUUGCUUCUACAGUCUUUCAACCGAUAAUUUCCAGUUAUUUGCCUUUUUAUUUUAUGUCAUGAUUUCAAAGCCAAAUAUAUGUUCUUUUGUAUAAGUUUAUUAUUAAACUUACUAAAUUAAUAAA